AUGUCUCAAAAUCCUCGACCACAAAGCAUGCAGCGUGAUCCACCUCCCGCCCUGUUUCUCCAUCCAUCGCCAAAUGUGUCCAAUAUCUCACUUCCCGGUGUCCCAGCAUCAGGGGCUGUGUUCCCAGGUCAUUCAAGCUUGAACCGCACCAACCUCGAACGCACCCCCUCAAACCGGUCCGGCACCGUCGUGUCCCCUCAUAUGCAGCGACCAGGCCGUAGGUUCCUUGCGGAGGAGAGCACGCGCAGUGCUGACAGGACGGAUGCCCUGUGGGCGGAAAUGCAAGCAACUCUGGAAGAGGUGGAGUUGUCGGCCUCUGGUGGAACUCACGUAUUUGGCGCGGAACAUGAUCGCAAGUUGGCGGAUCUACGAGCUGCCCAAAUUGCAUUGGCUCAAGCCUGGGCCAGGAGCGAGGCUGACGAGGCUAUCGAGACUGGACACCGGGACCUCGGUACUUCCGCCGCCGGUGACGAAGUUCGCAACUUGAAAGGCGCUUUGGGAGAUACAUCAAAGUCUGGCGUUGCCGAAGGGACUGAAGCUGGGAAGAGCACGGCUGGUACCGGUAGUAUCCCUCGCCCUGGGAGCAGUGGGACAGGUGUUGAGGGACUGGGCGCCAAACUGGAGGAGGAGACAGAAGUGGAUAUCCUCCUCGCUAGAAAGCGACGUGAAGCGAAUGACCGAUACUUUCAACGAGUCAACCAGGGAGUCAUUGAUGUCGUUACUAGGCUGGAGGAUGUUGCGGUCGCUAUGCGUGCCGUUGAGCAAGAAAGCAAGGAUGUAUGGAGCGACCACGAUAGCAUCGCAGGGAUCGCCAGAGGAUGA